GGACCGCGUUCUCACAAGCAUACUGCGCCUUUUUUUAUUUUCCUUCUUGGCCGGACCCUGGCGGCCGGAGAAAUCGGUCUCGCUCGGUGACUUCGCUUCUGGGACUCCAACGGCGGGCAUCCCCCCCACUGACCGAGGGUACUGCCAUCCCAAACCCUCAACUUUUCUCUCUCUUGACGGCCAUCGCCAAGCGUCAACCAGGGAGCGAAGAGGCCGCGUCCAGGCCGAUCGGGCUACCGCUUGCCGGGCAGGAAAAUGGACCAGGGAGGCGUCUACAGCCACUCGCGCUCGCGAACAACGUCUUCCAACGUCUUUCCACCGCAACCGCAGCACCCCCCGCCUAUGCUUUUGUCGCACCCAAUGUCGAAUCAACAGUUCAACAACCGGCGAUCGCCCUCUGUCAGCACCUUUAGCAACUCGAGCAUACAACCGCCCGCUGCGUACCGAACUUCGUCCAACUCGGACCUCCGACGCUCCAUCUCUAACCGCUCCUUUGGACAGCCCCAGGCAACCGGCUAUGUAGCCCUGCUGCGCAAACAAAAGGCAACGGUAUGGUGCGAUCGCGCUCAGUACGAGGACCCUAGGCUGGCCGCCCAGCAGCGCGCCGCCAAGAUGCGCGCCAACUUGGAGGUCAGCGGAGGGAGCCGAGGGGCUGGCUCAGCUGGAUCUUCGUCAGGUGGCCGCACGAGCACGGGCAUUAGCGCUACCGGAAAGGUCGCCGCCAAAAUCCGCCAUCACGGGAAGACGCCAGUGGUUGGGUAUGCCAACGAAAACCAUGUUGGCGUUGGAGGAGUGCCCAUGCGCCUGAGCGCCACCGAGGUGGAAGGGGAGAGCAGCGAAGAAGAGGACUUUGCGUCGCGCUCGCAUCACCGCAGGACGGGAAGUAGUGGACGAAGCAGCGUCGGUAGCAGCGGUCGCCGCAACGUCACCUAUCGAGCCUCUUCAGGAACGAUUACUGGACAGCCCGGACGGAGAUGGAGCCCCGGCGAUACUCCUGAAAGGGCCGGGAGCCUGGCUGAGCAGCCCGAAGACACCAUGCCCAUCAUCGACGACGCCGCCAGCGGCAGAGCUCAGAGCACGCAUAGUGGAAGCAGCGCUGAGCGCGCAGACAACGUUGGCGAGCUAGGAGCGGCCCCAAGGCUUGCGAGCAAAUCUCUAAUGCACUCUGCCCUCACAAGAGAAAAGAGCGUCAAAUCGCCCGAGGAGCUAAAGAGACGAGGAAGCGUGGACGAGCGAACAGCCACUCUUACAUCUCAGCGCCUUUACAUUGCCAACCCCGAUUGAUAACCAUCGAUUCACAGAGGGGAAAAGCUCAUACAUUCAGCAUACCUAUACCACACCAUUUCGUGACGAUAGAAUCGACGCCGCCUCAGCCACCUUCCGUUCGCUAUGUAUUAAUCACUGUCUAUCAGCAAAAAAAAUCCAUUCGCUUGUGUAUUAUGUUCUUUCCUAUAGCUUUUUAUUACUCGCAUUGUUUGGCGUUUGGAUAUGUUCAUACCAAUUUGAGCAUUGGAAGGAGGAAUCUACAGUCGCUAAGGAAGAGCCAUUCUGCUUUGGACAGCGGGAUACAUCUUGAAUUUUCCUUUUUUUAUUAUCUAAUAUACUUUCGCUUCUGAAAUUAAGCUUGCUGGCUGAGCGAGGCGGCGGAAAGCAUGGAUGACUCGGAGAGAGAAGAAGAAAAAACUGUAUUUUCAAUGUUGCCCGAGAAAGGCAGUUGAAAAGAGAAGAUAGUAUGACGUAAUGGUUAAUAAAUAAUAACCUCUCUUAUUUUUC